AUGCGCCGCGCCUUGCUCCUUCUCCGCCUGCUGGGCGGCUUCGCUGCGCUGUUGGCUGCUGCCGCCCGGGAUGCAGUUGGCUGUGGAGUCCCAACGAGGUUAAGCUUUGCUGAGCUGAGGAAUGAGUAUAAAAAUCAGAAUUACUUUUCCGUUGGGAAUACUGCAAAAUACACUUGUCGGCCUGGAUAUGGAAGAGACCCACAGCUACAACCCACUAUUACAUGCCUUGAAAACGGAAGGUGGUCAGAAGCACUCGAGUUCUGUAAAAAGAAAUCAUGUGGUCAUCCCAGAGAGCCGGAGAAUGGCAGAGUUAUUGUAACAGAUGUCCUGUUUGGGUCAACCGUCAACUUCACCUGUGAAGAAGGGCACCGGUUGAUUGGACAGCCUUACAGACGAUGUGAGAUUUCUGGCCCGCGUGUUGCAUGGACUGGUGAAGUUCCCAUUUGUGAGCGUAUUCCGUGUCUUCCGCCUCCUGACAUCCCCAAUGGAAGGCACACUGGGGUGAUAAUGGAUGACUUCUCUUAUGGGUCAUCUGUAACCUACAAAUGUGACAGUGGUUUCCCGCUCACUGGAGAGGCCUCUAUUCACUCGUUGCCGUGUCCCCCACCUCCGGUCAUUGUCAGAGGGGAGCACAAUGCCAAGCCAUUGGCAGCUUUCCCCAGUGGAACAUAUGUAAACUACAGCUGUGAACCCGGCUACGCCCUCCGGGGAGAGGCUACAAUCUAUUGUACCACAUCUGGAACUUGGAGCCACCCUUCUCCUCUAUGUGAAGAGGGCUGUGGUGUCCCAACGAGGUUAAGUUUUGCUGAGCUGAAGAGCGAGUAUAAAAAUCAGUCUUCCUUUCCUGUUGGGAAGACUAUAAACUAUACUUGCCGGCCUGGAUACAGUAGAUACCCGCGGAUGCAAUCCACUAUUACAUGCCUUGAAAAUCGAAAGUGGUCAGAAGCAUUUGAGUUCUGUAAAAUGAAAUCGUGUGGUCAUCCCGGAGAGCCGGAGAACGGCAGAGUUAUUAUAACAGAUCUCCUCUUUGGGUCAACCGUCAACUUCACGUGUGAAGAAGGGCACCGGUUGAUUGGACAGCCUUACAGACGGUGUGAGAUUUCUGGCCUGCGUGUUGCAUGGAGUGGUGAAGUUCCCAUUUGUGAGCCGACAUGCAUGAUCCCAGAAGUGGAGAAUGGAAGAACCAAUGGGGUACAGCCUGCCUAUGGACCCAGAGACAUAGUUGUGUUCGAAUGUGACCAUGGUUUCACCUUAAGGGGCAGCCCCGAGACUCAGUGCCAAGAUGAUGGUAGAUGGGAUCCUCCUGUCCCUGUCUGUGAAAGAAUGCUGCAAUGUCCCUCUCCUCCAGCCAUUGCCAAUGGGAAGCCCAGCAUCAGGGCGUUGGCAGUGUUCACCACUGGAACAUCUGUAAAUUACAGCUGUGAGCCUGGCUACUCCCUAACUGGGCAGGCAUCUAUUGAUUGUACGGCAUCUGGAACAUGGAGCCCUCCUCCCCCUCGGUGUGAAGUGGUGGAGAAUGAUCCAGCUAUGUGGCACCGGUUGAUUGGACGGCCUUACAGACGAUGUGAGAUUUCUGGCACGCGUGUUGCAUGGAGCGGUGAUAUUCCCAUUUGUGAGCGUAUUCCGUGUCUUCCGCCUCCAGACAUCCCCAAUGGAAAACGCACUGGCAAGUUCGUGAAAAACUUCUCUUAUGGGUCAGCUGUAACCUACAAAUGUGACAGUGGUUUCCCACUCAUUGGAGAGGCCUCUAUUCACUGCACAACUGAGGACGGGCUAAACGGAGUGUGGAGUGCGCAUCCCCCUCGGUGUGGAGAGGUUAGAUGCCCAGCCCCACAAAUCCAGAAUGGAAGAAGAGUAUCUGGUGACAGACAUGUCUAUUCGUAUAAAGACAGUGUUACCUUUGAGUGCGAUCCCGGCUACACCAUGAAGGGUCACAGUCUGAGUCAGUGCCAAACUGAUGACACGUGGGAUCCACCUUUGCCCGUCUGUGAGCCAGUGCCGCAGUGUCCCUCUCCUCCAGCCAUCGCCAAUGGGAAGCCCAGCAUCCAGGCCUCAGUAGUGUUCACCACUGGAACGUCUGUAAAUUACAGCUGUGAGCCCGGCUACGCCCUAACUGGGCAGGCAUCUAUUUAUUGUACGGCAUCCGGAAUAUGGAGCCCUCCCCCUCCUCGGUGUAAAGAGGUUCUCUGCAUCGCCCCAGAAAUUGAGAAUGGAAGAAAAGUAGCUGGACGUGGACCUGUCUAUAGACCCAGGGACAUAGUUAGGUUUGAAUGUGAUCCUGGCUACACCCUGAAUGGCAGCCAUCAGAUUCAGUGCCAAGAUGAAGGAACCUGGGAUCUUCCUGUUCCAGUCUGCAUACAGGUGACGUGCGUGAGCCCAGAAGUGGAGAAUGGAAGAACAAAUGGGGUACAGCCUGCCUACAGACCCAGAGACAUUGUUGUGUUUGAAUGCGACCCUGGUUACACCUUGAGCGGCAGCCACGAGACUCAGUGCCAAGAUGAUGGUAGAUGGGAUCCUCCUGUCCCUGUCUGUGAAAGAAAGGUUCUCUGCAUCGCCCCAGAAAUACAGAAUGGAAGAAAAGUAGCUGGACGUGGACCUGUCUAUAGACCCAGGGACACAGUUAGGUUUGAAUGUGAUCCUGGCUACACCCUGAAUGGCAGCCAUCAGAUUCAGUGCCAAGAUGAAGGAACCUGGGAUCCUCCGGUUCCAGUCUGCACACAGGUGACGUGCGUGAGCCCAGAAGUGGAGAAUGGAAGAACAAAUGGGAUACAGCCUGCCUACAGACCCAGAGACAUUGUUGUGUUUGAAUGUGACCCUGGUUACACCUUGAGCGGCAGCCCCGAGACUCAGUGCCAAGAUGAUGGUAGAUGGGAUCCUCCUGUCCCUGUCUGUGAAAGAAUGCUGCAGUGUCCCUCUCCUCCAGCCAUCGCCAACGGGAAGCCCAGCGUCCAGGUCUCGGCAGUGUUCACCAGUGGAAUGUCUGUAAAUUACAGCUGUGAGCCCGGCUACGCCCUAACUGGGCAGGCAUCUAUUUAUUGUACGGCAUCCGGAACGUGGAGCCCUCCCCCUCCUCAGUGUGAAGUGACGUGCAUGAGCCCAGAAGUGGAGAAUGGCAGAACAAAUGGGGUACUACAGCCUGCCUACAGACCCAGAGACAUUGUUGUGUUUGAAUGCGACCCUGGUUACACCUUGAGCGGCAGCUCCGAGACUCAGUGCCAAAAUGAUGUGUUGCAGUGUCCCUCUCCUCCAGCCAUUGCCAACGGGAAGCCCAGCGGCUGGGACUUGGCAGUGUUCACCACUGGAAUGUCUGUAAAUUACAGCUGUGAGCCCGGCUACUCCCUAACUGGGCAGGCAUCUAUUUAUUGUAUGGCAUCCGGAAUGUGGAGCCCUCCCCCUCCUAGGUGUGAAGAGGUUCUCUGCAUCACCCCAGAAAUCCAGCAUGGAAGAAAAGUAGCUGGACGUGGACCUGUCUAUAGACCCAGGGACACAGUUAGGUUUGAAUGUGAUCCUGGCUACACCCUGAAUGGCAGCCGUCAGAUUCAGUGCCGAGAUGAUAGAACCUGGGAUCUUCCUGUUCCAACCUGCAUACAGGCGUUGCCGUGUCCCCCACCUCCGGUCGUUGUCAAAGGGAAACACAAUGCCAAGCCAUUGGCAACUUUCAACAGUGGAACAUAUGUGAGCUACAGCUGUGAACCCGGCUACACCCUCCGGGGAGAGGCUACGAUCUAUUGUACCACAUCUGGAACUUGGAGCCACCCUUCUCCUCUAUGUGAAGAGGGCUGUGGUGUCCCAACGAGGUUAAGCUUUGCUGAGCUGAAGAGCGAGUAUAAAAAUCAGUCUUACUUUCCUGUUGGGAAGACUAUCAACUAUACUUGCCGGCCUGGAUACAGCAGACAGCCGCAGAUACCACCCACUAUUACAUGCCUUCAGAAUCGAAGGUGGUCAGAAGCACUCAAGUUCUGUAAAAAGAAAUUGUGUGGUCAUCCCGGAGAGCCGGAGAACGGCAGAGUUAUUAUAUCAGAUCUCCUCUUUGGGUCAACCAUCAACUUCACGUGUGAAGAAGGACACCGGUUGAUUGGACAGCCUUACAGACGAUGUGAGAUUUCUGGCAUGCGUGUUGCAUGGAGUGGUGAAGUUCCCAUUUGUGAGAAGGUUAGUUGCCCAGCCCCACAAAUCCAGAAUGGAAGAAGAGUAUCUGGUGACAGACAUGUCUAUUCAUAUAAAGACAGUGUUACCUUUGAGUGUGAUCCUGGCUACACCAUGAAGGGUCACAGUCUGAGUCAGUGCCAAACUGAUGACACGUGGGAUCCACCUUUGCCCGUCUGUGAACCAGUGCUGCAGUGUUCCUCUCCUCCAGCCAUCACCAAUGGGAAUCCCAGCGUCCAGGCCUCGGCAGUGUUCACCACUGGAAUGUCUGUAAAUUACAGCUCGUUGCGGUGUCCCCCACCUCCGGUCAUUGUCAAAGGGAAGCACAAUGCCAAGCCAUUGGCAACUUUCCCCAGUGGAACAUACGUGAACUACAGCUGUGAACCCGGCUACGCCCUCCGUGGAGAGGCUUCGAUCUAUU